AUGGGUGCCUCUAAUACUAAAAUUCAAUCAAGCUUUUGAUGUGCAGUAGAGAGAAGAGAUUGUAAAGAUAAAGGUGAUACUUCAAGUAAAACAAAGAUCAAGCGAGUGGAAGAUCACCAGAUCGUGGACACUACUUCUAAAGCCAAAUUAGCUGAGCAAGCAAAGGUGUGAAAUAAACAAUCUUCAAAAGAGUAUAAGAAGAGACUCAUGAGAGCGAAGCCUAAAAGUCAGGAGGUUAUGGCUAAAACUAAAAAUAAAAACAAGGCUUCAAAGAAAUCUCAGAAUAAAGCUAGCAAAAGAGAAUCAAUAACAGGCUGGGAUAAGCUUAUGAGUAGAAUAGAGCUGAGCAAAUUCAGCCAAAAGACCAGUCCUGCUGAAAUCAGAGAAGCUGGACUGUCAAGCACCUCAGCUUCCAAAUCAAGCCUUCACAAGACCACUUCCUUUACCUCAAAACCCUCUACAUUCUCCAAAGACCCCAACUUCGACUUCUUCAACGCCUUAAGCGAGUACUCAUCCCCUUCCAAAAGGUCCAAACCCAAAAACACCCCCCUCAAGAUCGACAGCUGCUACCUCACUAAGACCAAAUCAAAAACCUAUCCUCCCAAAAACUGCACUCAGUCCAAAAUCUUAACUUAGCC